UAUCUGGCGGGUAUCAAAUAUUAACUCCUUAACUGGGGAGUAGAGGCAGAAACGAGUGUGUGGGCCUGAUUAUGAGGACGCACUGAACGAAUAUUCUCGAUUCAACUCACUGCUGCGCAACAUACGAUUUAUGUCCGCGUGAGGCUUCUCAUUUUCACCGGUUUCUCUGUGUUACAUUUAGUUGUUCCCCCUCAGAUUUUACGGCCAUGCUAGAAUAGUUUCAAAGAUAAAAUUGUGAUGUUUUAUUACCAGGAGAUGUAUUUCUUUUCAAAUGCCCGAGAGUAUUACGGACAGCAAACCAGAGAAGGUAGUUUGUGGACCAGGGCUUCGGCGAAACGGAGAUGAAGUACUUGUUGCAAGCGGAAUCCUUCGACAUAAACAACCCAAUCUGUACUGGAUUGACUCGCAGCAAAGGCGGUAUGUUCCAUCAAAGGGUGAGAACGUGAUCGGCGUCGUAACUGCCAAGUCAGGGGACAUCUUCAAGGUGGACAUUGGAGGAAGUGAGCAGGCGUCGCUCUCCUACCUGGCGUUCGAAGGCGCCACCAAGAGGAACCGACCUAAUGUGCAGGUGGGGGACCUGGUAUACUCUCAGUUAAUAGUUGCCAACAAAGACAUGGAACCAGAGCUGGUGUGUAUAGACAGCUGUGGACGAGCUAAUGGCUUGGGUGUGUUCGGAGCCGAUGGUCUUCUCUUCAAGGUGUCCCUGGGACUCGUCCGCAGACUGCUGGCGCCACAGAGUGAGAUAGCCAAGGACCUAGAAAAGAUGUUCCCCUUUGAGAUGGUGGUGGGGAUGAAUGGGCGAGUGUGGGUCAAAGCCAAGACCAUCCAGCAGACCCUCAUCGUGGCCAACCUGCUGGAGAGCUGUGAGAACAUGACAGCACAGCAACGGCAGACCCUCUUCAGGAGGGUGGCAGACGGAUCUAUCUAGUUUAGGGGGCCACUUCUCCGGGAAGAAACACUCAGGCGGUCUGAGUAAGAGGGGAUAGUCUGUCAUUCAAAGGAGGAAGUAAGGUUUUACCUCCACCGCCGUCUUUUUCUUCUGAACUGAGUAAUAUUUGCAUUGUAGUCGAAACAUUUAUCAACCCUUUCCUUAUCAGUUUAAUUGGAUUUUGGUCUGUGUGAUACUGUUUAAGCUACUUUAAUCUGUUAUACAUGCAAGUGAGAACAAUGUAAUUUUGUUACUGGUUGAUAAUGUGUACUAUGUAUAAAUAUUUGUUAUGGUCUA